ACCCAGACCGCACCGCACCCAAGCCUAAACCAGCCAGCUUUCCCCACGCGACGGACGCACGGUGCCAUCUGCCAUGGAGCCGCCGGCGAUGGACCGCAUCGCCACCCGCCUCUCCGCCGUGGAGGGCCUCUACUUCCCCUCCUCCACCUUCCUCGGCGCCUCCGCGCCGCCGCCGCGGCGCAGGUCCGCCCUCCUCGACCUCCUGGCCCGCGACGCGCCGCUCUUCCUGGAGCGCUACGGGCCCGCGCUCUCCCCCGACGAGCUCGCCGCCUUCGACGCGCUCAGCCCGGACUACGAGGUGGACUGGUACCUCCGCCGCCUGCGCGCCGCCGCAGCCGGGGCGCCCCGGCCCGCGUGGCAGGUGCGGAACCGGCGCCGCGCGUACCUCGACCGCCUCGUGCGCGAGGGGGAGUACUUCUCCGAGGAGGCCAUGAGGGAGCGGGAGCCCUACCUUCACCAUGAGUACCUAGGGCGGUUCCAGGACCCGCUUGGCCGGGCCAUGGCGCGGCCAGGGGAGAGGUGGUCCGAGACGCUGAUGCGGCGGGCAGAGGAGGCGGUCAUCGUGGAGAAGAUACGCGGGGAGCAGAUCAGGAGAGGGGUUGACCCCAGUGAGUGGGUGGGUGGUGGAGCUGAGGAGGUGAUGCAAGAGGAGGAAGAAGAGGAAGAAGAGGAGGAGGAGGAAGAAGAGGGCAUGAAGGAAAAGGAGACAGAGGUCCAUAAGGCCAGUGCGACUGAGGUGGUUGCAAAUGGGGAUGCCUCCCGGGACUCCAACAAUGCGGGAGGUUCCCUUGCAGGGACCUUCAAGCAAACGCUAUCUUCUGAAGAAAUGCAGGAUCAGCUGGAACAAUUCACAUAUGUGAUGCAAGAAAAGUUCCUAUCCGGUGAAGACACUGAGCACAUGGACUAUUCUCAGAUCGACAACGAUGAGAUGCUGGAUGACCAUUGGUCCAAGGAAGCCAACUAUGAUGCAGAGGAGAAGUAUUUCGAAGAAGAUUAGUUAGCAGCAGACUUGUGUUUUUGUAUAAGAGAACCAGUUAUGCAUCAUCAUCUGUGCUCUUCGGGAUCAGAACCUCUUGUGGUAGCAUGUACAUAUGUAUCAUCUCAUCUGAGAUACGGCUCCAUCAAUGCAAGCAUUGCAUGCCAUAAUGUAAUAGCGACGAUCGGAACCAGUUAGUUUAUAAUUUUGUUGUUUGCCCAUCAUAAUCGAGAUAACUUAUGUUUAGUUGUAUAAUCUAGGUGUGCGAUUAUGAAUC